AUGAAUACACAGUCCCGUAGGUAUGAAGAACAGGCUCCCAAACAGACAAACGAGGUAUCCGUACACGCUUAUCCAACAUCUACAAGGAAAGGAAUAAUUGUUCAUGAGUUCAAGGUGGUGAUGGAAGUUAACAGUGAAUUUCAAAUCCAGGUACGAGAUUAUAACACUAAAAAUGGCACCAUCAAGUGGCAUUCAAUCAGAAGGCAAAAACGUGAAUGGAUCAAAUUUGCUGCCGCCUGCCGUGAAGGUGAAGACAACUCUAAAAGGAACCCGAUAGCCAAAAUCCAUUCAGAUUGUGCUGCAAACCAGCAAGUUACAUACCACAUCUCUGGAGUAGGAAUUGAUCAACCACCUUUGGGAAUCUUUGUGAUUAAUCAAAAAACUGGUGAAAUCAACAUAACAUCCAUAGUUGAUCGAGAAGUCACCCCGUUUUUCAUUAUCUACUGCCGGGCCCUAAAUGCACAAAGACAAGAUUUAGAGAGGGUUCUUGAGCUCAGAGUUAGGGUCUUGGAUAUAAAUGACAACCCUCCAGUGUUUUCUAUGUCUACUUUUCUAGGACAAAUAGAAGAGAAUUCUAAUGCAAAUACCCUGGUGAUGAAACUCAAUGCUACUGAUGCAGAUGAACCCAAUAAUUUGAACUCCAAAAUAGCCUUCAAGAUCAUAAGCCAGGAGCCUUCUGAUUCAUCCAUGUUCAUUAUCAACAGAUACACUGGCGAAAUUCGAACAAUGAAUAAUUUUCUAGACAGAGAGCUAUAUAGCCAAUAUUCUCUUGCUGUAAGAGGUUCAGACCGAGAUGGAGGAGCAGGUGGUUUGUCAGCAGACUGUGAGUGCAGCAUUAAAAUCCUCGAUGUCAACGACAACAUCCCAUACAUGGAACAACCUUCAUAUUCCAUAAAAAUUGAAGAAAAUGCUCUGUAUUCAGAUUUGCUCCAAAUUAGAGUCAUUGAUUUGGAUGAGGAGUUCUCAGCUAACUGGAUAGCAGUAAUUUUCUUUAUCUCUGGAAAUGAGGGAAAUUGGUUUGACAUAGAAAUGAAUGAAAGAACAAACGUGGGGAUUUUAAAGGUUAUUAAGCCCUUAGAUCAUGAAGCUAUGCAGAGUCUCCAACUUAGUAUUGGUGUUAGAAAUAAAGCUGAAUUUCAUCAGUCAAUUUUGUCUCAGUACAAGCUCACAGCUACUACGAUCUCUGUGACUGUGUUAAAUGUAAUUGAAGGCCCAGUGUUCCGUCCAGGUUCAAAGACAUUCGAAGUAAAUAGUAACAUGGGACAAAAUUAUGAAGUGGGAGAAUUUACAGCUACUGAUCAGGACACAGGUCGAGCUUCAACAACUGUUAGGAAUGUUAAAUAUGUAAUGGGAGAUAAUCCAGCUGACCUGCUUGCUGUUGACUCAAAGACAGGCAUAAUUACUUUGAGAAAUAAAGUUACCUGGGAUCAAUAUACAAUGCUUAAUGGAAAAUACCAAGGAACAAUUCUGUCUAUAGAUGAUGCUCUUCAGAGAACUUGUACGGGUACGGUUAUUGUGAACCUAGAAGGUGGUGGCUGGGUACCUUCUGAUUCUACUACAAGAUUUGUUGACAGAGAAAAAUAUGAUCCUACUACUCCUCGUCCUAUUAUAAGAACAACUUAUGUAGUAACCUAUGCCCAGCCCUUCAUCGCAGAUAAUGUACAUCUUGGUCCUGCUGGCAUUGGACUACUCAUCAUGGGAUUCUUGGUGUUAGGAUUGGUCCCAUUUCUGUUGACCUAUCUUGAUUGUGGAGGUGCCCCUGGUGGGGGAGCCGGCUUUGAGCCUGUUCCUGAAUGUUCAGAUGGAGCAAUUCAGUCAUGGGCAGUAGAAGGACCACAGCCUCAGCUCAUGGAUUUGACCGCUUUCCCUGUACCACUGGAUAAUGCAAAUGUGAUUGAAUGUAUUGACAAUUCAGGGGUUUAUACAAGUGAGUAUGGUGGUCGAGAAAUGCAAGAUAUGGGAGGAGAAGAAAGAACAACAGGAUUUGAACUAACCGAUGCAGUUAAAACAUCAGGAGCACCUGAGACAUGUCAAGAAUACUCUGGAACAUUCAGAAGAAAUUCUAUGAGGGAAUGUAGAGAAGGAGGUCUGAAUAUGGACUUCAUGGAAAGUUACUUCUGUCAGAAAGCAUACACUUACGCAGAUGAAGAAGGACGGCCAUCCAAUGACUGCUUGCUCAUAUAUGAUAUUGAAGGCGUAGGUUCUUCCGUUGGCUCUGUGGGUUGUUGUAGCUUCAUUGGAGAAGACUUUGAUGACAGCUUCUUGGAUACACUGGGGCCUAAAUUUAAGAAGUUGGCAGAUAUCAGCCUGGGGAAAAGUGUUGAACCAUAUCCAGACCUUGAUCCCUCAUGGCCACCUGAGAGCACUGACCCGAUUUACCCAAGGGGGGAAACAGAGCCCCUUGCUAGUGGACCCCCGCCCAUCUCCCCACGUUACGGCACUACCACAGUCAUUUCUGAGAGCACCUACCCCUCGGGACCUGGUGUACAGCAUCCUAUGCCUAUUCCUGAUCCUCUGGGCUAUGGUAAUGUCACUGUGACCGAGUCUUAUGCCACCUCUGGCACUCUGAAGCCCUCUGUCCACUUUCAUGAUAAUCGACAUGCCUCAGACGUGGUGGUGACAGAGAGGGUGGUCGGCCCAAUCUCUGGUGCCAAUUUGCAUGGAAUGUUAGAGAUGCCUGACUUGAGAGAUGGGUCCAACGUUAUAGUGACAGAAAGAGUAAUUGCACCAAGUUCAGGUCUCCCCACCACUUUGACCAUCCCUGAUCCUAGAGAGUCUUCAAAUGUGGUAGUGACAGAGAGAGUAAUCCGACCCACUUCUGGCAUGAUGGGCAGUUUGGGUAUGCACCCCGACCUGUCGAACGCCCACAAUGUGAUUGUGACCGAGAGGGUUGUCUCUGGCCCUGGCGUAACUGGAAUUAGUGGCCCAGCUGGGAUCAUUGGAGGCAGUGGCACAGUCGGCAGUGGCUUCGUUGGCAGUGAAGCUGGAAUCAGUGCCGGUGGUGCCGGGCUGAGCAGUCUGGGAGGAGGCGGGGGCCUGAGUAGCAGCAUGUUGGGCACAGCCACCAGUGGCCACAUGAGGAGCUCCUCUGACCAUCACUUUAGCCAGACCCUUGGAUCUGCCUCUCCUACUACAGCCCGAAGUCGAAUCACAAAGUACAGUACAGUACAGUAUACUAAGUAGCCAGGA